AUGGGCUCCUUAAUUGUGAAUACCGUCUCCAAGUCAAGUAAGAGACGAUGUUUCGGAGAGUAAGGGGACAUUGUUUCAGUUCACAUGUUUGAUAUCCCGAAGGUGGAGAUCGAUGGUGAAGAUCAGGCGCCCGUGGCCAAGGAAGUUGUGAGUUAAUUAUCACGAGGAGUUUCUAAAACAGCUUAGUAAUCAGACAGCAUAAUAUAAACGGGAGGUUUUGUUUGAGGUCAAAUGAAAAGACGAGAUUUUAGAGAGAUGAAAGGCGACAGGAGAUCCGAGUCAAUUUGAACAUCCGUCGACUGGACACGUGAGUUGACUUCAGUUUAUAUCCCCGCUCUCCUUCAGACCCCGUCCCCAGCCCAUCAAAGAGGUCGAUGAGUAUUCGGACGAUCCCUUCGACGUGAAGCAAUGA